AUGAACAUCGUUUCAGAUAAUGACCUCAAUGAGGACAAUCCGGAAACUUUGAUAGCGCCAGGGAUACUAGAAGGCAGAGCAUUAUCAAUAGACGAGGACACUCUAGAACCGCUCACGGAGGGUCGACAUGGGCUGCUCUACCGUUGUCAGCGCAAAAUCGACGAUAAUAUAGGCGGUAUACAAGGAUGGAUAGCGCUCAAAGCUAUCAACGUUUUCAUAAACAAGAAGCGCCUGCCACACGAUGCACUUAGAGAGUCGUUUAUACUUGCCCGCACACAUCAUCCGAAUAUUAUUAGUCUCCUCAAUGCUUACGAAUCUGACAGAAUCUAUGUCCUCGCACUCCCACUCCAGCCGCUCCCACUGUCAAUGAUCCUGUCCUACCCAGAUUUCGUACCAUCAUUCAGUCCAUUCAGUCACAUAGCACGGUCCAUCAUUUACCAGCUCUUGCUUGCCAUCGAGUAUUUGCAUUCCGACGAGGUGGGUAUAGCCCACCGUGACGUCAACCCAUCAAACGUCGCCGUCGACGGCAAUGGUUGCGUAAAGCUCCUUGACUUUGGUGUGGCAUUUGAGUAUGGCUGCGGGAUGGAAGACGAGCAUCCAAAUGGCGGGAUGUACUUCGAGCUAGCAACUGGCGCAUAUCGUGCACCAGAGUUGUUGUUCGGUAGCAGGGCAUACGAUGCCAGAAGUACCGAUUUGUGGAGUCUUGGUGUUACAUUAUCCACGUUUUUCUCUCAUUUGACAAGCUACAAUUGCUCUACUUCACCAAGGACGAACUCUACAUCAUCAAUCUCGUCGUCAAUAUCUACAUCCAGUCAAGGUGGUCUUGUUCGUCUUGAUGCUCCGAUCACUCUUCCUGGUCUUCCUGAUAUGAGCACUCGUAGGCAGUCUUUCCACAAAGUACAGAAUCAAUCGCGGUGGUCACGCAAGACACUAUUCGAUGCAUCACAUGGUGAAAUUGGACUAGCGUCUAGUAUUCUCAGUGUCAGAGGACCUAUAACUGACGAUAGUUGGCCAGAAUAUGCUCAAUUGCCGGAUUACAAUAAAAUCAGCUUUAAGAGCACAACACCAAAACAUCUUUCUGAGUAUCUUCCAUACUUGCCAGAAGUACCAGACCCACUCCCAGAAACAUUCAAUCAUCAACCGAAUUACAAACCUAUCGCAACUGCAUAUGAUCUAAUUGAGAGGUUAUUACAAUACUCACCAAGUCGACGCUUGUCUGCAACUGAUGCAAUUAAUCAUCCAUGGAUUAAGGAUUUCCCUAUAUUAAUUCCAGCAGAUACACAUGCAAGUGUCACAAGAUCUACUCACACUUAUACUGAACUCUUCGAUGGUAGAACACUACCAAUGUGGCUAUCUCACUGGCUGAAAGCAGGUGAGCGUAGAAUGUUGGGCACUCAGUAAGAAAAAGCAUAAGCAUAGACGAAUUAGAUGAAAAACUUCUCCGUCAAAUAGCUAAAAUGAGCAUAGAACCUCUCACUAGAAAAUCCUGGACACUUCCAUUUAUAACAAUUUCAUUACUAACUCCUACCAUCAACCAGACUUCUCAAAUACACGCGAUAAUUCAAAGCGUCCACGUUUAUAGUUUUCAUUUUUACUCGUUUUUUUAUUAUUUUUGUACAUCAUGUAUUUGACAAGCAAUUUAAAGCCAA